GCUAUUUUUUUGACAUAUUUGUGUGGUGCAAAUUUUGUUGUGCUUUUGAAAAAUGAGUGAAAAAGAUCUUCCUCUCAGCAUUUCCCUGGAUGAAAAGGCCGGCAAAAGAGCCACUGAAUUGCAUGUGUGCCGAAUAUGUGAAACACAGGAUGAUCUUUUGGAUAUUUUCACAGAAAAGCAUGCCCAUAUCUAUGACAAACUCCUCAAGAUUGCUACUUUUAAGGAGGAAGACAGUAAAAACACAUUUAAGUAUGUAUGCUAUGAUUGUAGGGACAAAGUUGAUGAAUUGUAUGAAUUUAAGUGCAAAUGUGAGAAGACUUAUGAGAAGCUCUGCCGGGAUGUGUUGGAGGAGACCAAGGAAGAGGGUAGAUCAUCGACGGGAAAUGAUGUCUUUGAGAUUGAAGAUGUUUUUGUGAAGGCUGAAUAUCCAGUGGCAGAGAUUUUCUGUGCUGACAAUGACGAUGAUGAUGAUACAGAUGAGGAUGAUUUUGAUGACAAUUGCAUGGAUUUCCUGCAGGUCAAAGUGGAGGAUAAGCCGGAGGAGGAGAAAGAGGAACAGGAAGAGGAGAUUGAGGGUAGGAGAACGAGAAGGAGGACGAGGAAGAGGGAGUCUGUGGAUAAGAGUUUUCAGUGCAGUGAAUGCGAUGAGACCUUCCAGAAUCACUACUACCUCACCAAGCACAAAGCAUCAAUGCAUCAGGAGGAAAAGGACACCAUCUGCUCCAUCUGCAAUCAUGAAUUUUCCACUAAGCAAAAUCUCAAGAGGCACAUUGAGGAUAUUCAUGAGAAGGUGGAAAAGGUACGGGAAGAUAAAGCCUAUCAGUGCAAUCAAUGUGAGCUCACCUUCAAGAAUCACUACUAUCUGACCAAACACCAAGGCGUUCAUACGACUGUCAAGAAGAACAUCUGCCCAAUUUGUGGUCAGGAAUAUUCCACCAAACAGAAUCUCAGGAGGCACAUUGAGGAUAUCCAUGAGAAGAUCAAAAAGGCCAAAGGUAAGGAUUCCUACCAGUGCAACAUGUGCGACAAGACCUUCAAGAAUCACUACUUCCUCACCAAGCAUCGCAUGAUACACUCGGCUUCCAAGAAAAAUGUCUGUCCUCACUGCAAUCAGGUUUACUCCACCAAACAAAAUCUCAGGCGUCACAUUGAGGACAUUCACGAGAAACUCCGCAAUCAUCUCUGCACAAUCUGCGGCAAGGGCUUUGCCCAGAUCACAACUCUCAAAUCCCACUACAAUGUCCAUUCGAAAAUCAAAUUCCAGUGCGAUGUCUGUGGGAAACGCUUCAAGACCGAGAUGUACCUCAAACUUCACAAACUCCGACACAUCCCACCGGAAGAGCGCACGGAUAAGAUCAAGAAACGCCUCAAGAGUGAUGGUUCCAAGGCCAAAAAAGUCAUCUGCAUCUGUUCCUUCUGCGGCAAAAUCUCCAAUACAGCGGCAAUUCAUCAGAAUCACCUGCGAACGCACACGGGCGAGAAACCCUUCGAAUGUGACAUCUGCAAGAAGAAUUUCAGCUUCAAGUUCGUCCUGGAGACUCACAUGAGGGUGCACACGGGCGAGAAGCCCUACAAGUGUGACACAUGUGGAAUGGCCUUUCGGCAGAGUGCUCAUCUAAAGACGCACAAACGUGUCCAUACGGGAGAGAAACCCUACAAGUGCGUGGUGUGUGAAAAGGCUUUUGCAGAAAGAAGAAGUCUCAAGGUACACAUGAGGCUUCAUACUGGAGAAUCGACAUGACUCUUUUCCCGGCAUUAUUUUGAGCUUUUGGGUGUUCAAGGCAAGAACUAUCAUGAAAAUAUCAAUAAGAUAUUUAUCACACAAAAGAAAUUCCCACCCAUAAACAGUGAAAAAUUAGGUUUUAAAAAGUAAAAAUGUAUAAAAACGUUUUUACUUUUCUUAUAAAUAAAAAAAAAACAAGCUAUUACAUGUUUUUUAAUAGUAUUCAUCAGCUUGAUUCUCCCAAAUUGUACAUAAUUAAUUUAUCUUGUCUUCAGUAAAAUAGAAAAGAUAGAGAGAAAAUGGAAAAUAUGCUGUAGGUUAAGGAACAAGGAAGCCAGAUUAAAAAAAAAGAAAGUAUAGUGCAAUGUUAAACGUGGCACAAUGAAUAUACUUUUAAUUUCAAGCAGAUAUUUUUCAAAAUUUUAAUUUUACAUAAUCCGCAGAGCAAUUUUUUCGAAAUAUUUCAGUAUAGAAAGUUAUUUUGAAAAAGAAAAAAAUGAGGCUUGCAAUUUGGAUGGCUGAUUCAAAUUAUUUUUGAAUUGAAAGAAAAAAUAAAAAUAAAAA